UAUUGCAAAUCUGUAAUAUAAUAUGUUCAUAUAAUUACCCAUUAAUUAUAAAUUAGCUUCAGAUGAAAAUUGUACAUGAUUCUUUAUUCAAUGGCAUUCUUUCGACAAAUGUCGGCUAGAACAUGGGAAUCGGACCACUAUUUUGGUGGUUAAUAAUAUUUCAAUACAGUGGUGGCAUUGAUUCAGUGUCAUGGGGUAAUUACCCCGGCUUACCCCGACUGAGCAAAACAGAACAUCACACGUUACUGAGGCAAAGUUUGCUUCGUAACUUACCCUUUAAAUGGAAACUACGUGAAGGCAAUGACAAUUCAGAACUCAAUCCACAACUUUACAGUAAUUAUCGAUCAAUUUCCUCGACCAGCCCUCCACCAGCGGUAGAAUCAAGAUUUUGGCCAGAAACAGCUCUAAACUAUGUAAAGGACAAAUUAGCAGGCUGGCUAACUAAAGAAGACAAACCGGGAACCACCCCAGCCGAAGUUGCCAAAACACCUAGCCCCACAACCCCUAGCCCCACAACCCCUAGCCCCACAACCCCUAGCCAAGAACAACAAGGAUCUAAGGAAAUACAAGAAAAAAUUCCUACACCAACAACCGAAACAGGUUUAUCAACAAAUCUAACGCCGGAAACAUCUGAAGAAGAAACUCUGACAUCAACGGUUGACGGUACUGAGCAACAUCCAACUAUGGAAAUUCAGACACCAGCGGUUGAUUGCACUGAGGAACCAACAACCGAAGCAAUUCAAACACCAGCGGUUGAUUGUACUGAGCAAUUAACAACUAAUGAAACUCAGACACCGAUAACUGCAGAAACUCAGACAAUAAUGGUUGAUUAUACUGAGGAACGAACAACUGAAGAAACUCAGACACCAACAGUUUACGGUACUGAGAAACAAACAACUGAAAAAGCUCAAACAACAACGGUUGAUAAUACUGAGCAAUUAACAACUGAAGAAACUCAGUCACCGAUAACUGCAGAAACUCAGACAAUAACGGUUGAUUAUACUGAGGAACGAACAACUGAAGAAACUCAGACACCAACAGUUUACGGUACUGAGAAACAAACAACUGAAAAAGCUCAAACAACAGCGGUUGAUUAUACUGAGCAAUUAACAACUGAAGAAACUCGAACACCGACCACUGCAGAAACUCAGACAAUAACGGUUGAUUUUACUGAGGAACGAACAACUGAAGAAACUCAGACACCAACAGUUGACGGUACUGAGAAACAAACAACUGAAAAAGCUCAAACAACAGCGGUUGCUUAUACUGAGCAAUUAACAACUGAAGAAACUCAGACACUAUCAAUUCAUGGUGUUGAAGAAACAACACCUAAAGUAAUAACCCAAAAGACAACAACCAAAAAUAGAAAUCAAAACUGCAUAAAAAUUUACAAUUCGACUACUGGCAAGAUAUCUUGCUACUCAACUUCUCACACAACACAGGCAUCAACACUUAAAACUACCAAGAAACCAAAAACUAACGAUACAACCAAAAAAAUACCUAAAAAAACAACUAAAAGAACAACUAAAAGAGCGACUAAACAAACCCAAGAACCAAUUGUUGUUGUUACUAAGGAACCCAUACCUGAAGAAACUGAGACAUCCGCGAGUGAUAGUACUGAGGAACCAACAACUGAAGAAACUCAGACAUCCGCGAGUAAUAGUACUGAGGAACCAACAACUGAAGAAACUCAGACAGCGACAACUGCAGAAACUCAGAAAAUAGCGGUUGACUGUACUGAGGAACAAACGACUGAAGAAAUUCAGACGCCAACAGUUGUCAGUACCGAGGAACCAACAACUGCAGAAACUCAGACACCAACAGUUGUCGGUACCGAGGAACCAACAAACGGAGAAACUCUAACACCAACAGUUGUUGGUACUGAGGAACCAACAACUGGAGAAACUCAGACAAUAAUAGUCGAUUGUACUGAGGAACCAACCACUGAACCAGUUCAGACUACAACAGUUGUCAGUACUGAAGAACCAACCACUGAACCAGUUCAGACUACAACAGUUGUCAGUACUGAAGAACCAACCACUGAACCAGUUCAGACUACAACAGUUGUCAGUACUGAGGAACCAACAACUGAAGAAAUUCAGAUCCCAACAGUUGUCAGUACCGAUGAGCCAACAACUGAAGAAAUUCAGACAAUAAUAGUGGAUUGUACUGAGGAACCAACCACUGAACAAAUUCAGACUACAACAGUUGUCGGUACUGAGGAACCAACAACUGAAGAAACUCAGACAAUAAUAGUCGAUUGUACUGAAGAACCAACGACUGAACAAAUUCAGACUACAACAAUUGUCGGUACUGAGGAACCAACAACUGAAGAAACUCAGACAUCAACAGUUGUCGGUACCGAGGAGCCAACAACUGAAGAAACUCAGACAAUAAUAGUCGAUUGUACUGAAGAACCAACGACUGAACAAAUUCAGACUACAACAGUUGUCGGUACUGAGGAAAAAACAACUGAAGAAACUCAGACACCAACAGUUGUCGGUACCGAGGAACCAACAAACGGAGAAACUCUAACACCAACAGUUGUUGGUACUGAGGAACCAACAACUGGAGAAACUCAGACAAUAAUAGUCGAUUGUACUGAAGAACCAACGACUGAAGAAAUUCAGAUCCCAACAGUUGUCAGUACUGAGGAACCAACAACUGAAGAAACUCAGACACCAACAGUUGUCGGUACCGAGGAACCAACAAACGGAGAAACUCUAACACCAACAGUUGUUGGUACUGAGGAACCAACAACUGGAGAAACUCAGACAAUAAUAGUCGAUUGUACUGAAGAACCAACGACUGAAGAAAUUCAGAUCCCAACAGUUGUCAGUACUGAGGAACCAACAACUGAAGAAACUCUGACACAAACAGUUGUCAGUACUGAGGAACAAACAACUGAAGAAACUUACACACCAACAUCCGACAACACUGAGGAACCAACAACUGAAAAAACUCAGACAUCAACAGUUGGCGGUACUGAGGAACCAACAACUGGAGAAACUCAGACAAUAAUAGUCGAUUGCACUGAAGGACCAACGACUGAACAAAUUCAGACUACAACAGUUGUCGGUACUGAGGAACCAACAACUGGAGAAACUCAGACACCAACAGUUGUUGGUACUGAGGAACCAUCACCUGAAGAAAUUCAGACUACAACAGUUGUCAAUACUGAGGAACCAACAACUGAAGAAACUCAGACACCAACAGUUGUUGGUACCGAGGAACCAACAACUGGAGAAACUCAGACACCAACAGUUGUCAAUACUGACGAACCAACAACUGCAGAAACUCAGACAAUAAUAGUCGAUUGCACUGAGGAACCAACCAAUGAACCAAUUCAGACUACAACAGUUGUCAGUACUGAAGAACCAACCACUGAACCAGUUCAGACUACAACAGUUGUCAGUACUGAAGAACCAACCACUGAACCAGUUCAGACUACAACAGUUGUCAGUACUGAAGAACCAACCACUGAACCAGUUCAGACUACAACAGUUGUCAGUACUGAAGAACCAACCACUGAACCAGUUCAGACUACAAUAGUUGUCAGUACUGAAGAACCAACCACUGAACCAGUUCAGACUACAACAGUUGUCAGUACUGAGGAACCAACAACUGAAGAAAUUCAGAUCCCAACAGUUGUCAGUACCGAUGAGCCAACAACUGAAGAAAUUCAGACAAUAAUAGUGGAUUGUACUGAGGAACCAACCACUGAACAAAUUCAGACAUCAACAGUUGGCGGUACUGAGGAACAAACAACUGAAGAAACUUACACACCCACAUCCGACAACACUGAGGAACCAACAACUGAAAAAACUCAGACAUCAACAGUUGGCAGUACUGACGAACCAACAACUGCAGAAACUCAGACAAUAAUAGUCGAUUGUACUGAAGAACCAACGACUGAACAAAUUCAGACUACAACAGUUGUCGGUACUGAGGAACCAACAACUGAAGAAAUUCAGACUAUAACAGUAGUCGGUACCGAGGAACCAACAACUGGAGAAACUCAGAUACCAACAGUUGUUGGUACUGAGGAACCAUCACAUGAAGAAAUUCAGACUACAACAGUUGUCAAUACUGAGGAACCAACAACUGAAGAAACUCAGACACCAACAGUUGUUGGUACCGAGGAACCAACAACUGGAGAAACUCAGACAUCAACAGUUGUCAAUACUGACAAACCAACAACUGCAGAAACUCAGACAAUAAUAGUCGAUUGCACUGAGGAACCAACCACUGAACCAAUUCAGACUACAACAGUUGUCAGUACUGAAGAACCAACCACUGAACCAGUUCAGACUACAACAGUUGUCAGUACUGAGGAACCAACAACUGAAGAAAUUCAGAUCCCAACAGUUGUCAGUACCGAUGAGCCAACAACUGAAGAAAUUCAGACAAUAAUAGUGGAUUGUACUGAGGAACCAACCACUGAACAAAUUCAGACUACAACAGUUGUCAGUACUGAGGAACCAACAACUGAAGAAACUCAGACACCGAAAGUUGUCGGUACCGAGGAGCCAACAACUGAAGAAACUUACACACCCACAUCCGACAACACUGAGGAACCAACAACUGAAAAAACUCAGACAUCAACAGUUGGCGGUACUGAGGAACCAACAACUGGAGAAACUCAGACAUCAACAGUUGGCGGUACUGACGAACCAACAACUGCAGAAACUCAGACAAUAAUAGUCGAUUGCACUGAGGAACCAACCACUGAACCAAUUCAGACUACAACAGUUGUCAGUACUGAAGAACCAACAACUGCAGAAACUCAGACAAUAAUAGUCGAUUGUACUGAAGAACCAACCACUGAACCAGUUCAGACUACAACAGUUGUCAGUACUGAAGAACUAACCACUGAACCAGUUCAGACUACAACAGUUGUCGGUACUGAAGAACCAACCACUGAACCAGUUCAGACUACAACAGUUGUCAGUACUGAAGAACCAACAACUGCAGAAACUCAGACAAUAAUAGUCGAUUGUACUGAAGAACCAACCACUGAACCAGUUCAGACUACAACAGUUAUCAGUACUGAAGAAACAACCACUGAACCAGUUCAGACUACAACAGUUGUCAAUACUGAGGAACCAACAAAUGCAGAAACUCAGACAAUAAUAGUCGAUUGUACUGAAGAACCAACCACUGAACCAAUUCAGACUACAACAGUUGUCAAUACUGAGGAACCAACCACUGAACCAGUUCAGACUACAACAGUUGUCAGUACUGAAGAACCAACCACUGAACCAGUUCAGACUACAACAGUUGUCAGUACUGAAGAACCAACCACUGAACCAGUUCAGACUACAACAGUUGUCAGUACUGAAGAACCAACCACUGAACCAGUUCAGACUACAACAGUUGUCAAUACUGAGGAACCAACAACUGCAGAAACUCAGACAAUAAUAGUCGAUUGUACUGAAGAACCAACCACUGAACCAGUUCAGACUACAACAGUUAUCAGUACUGAAGAACCAACCACUGAACCAGUUCAGACUACAACAGUUGUCAAUACUGAGGAACCAACAACUGCAGAAACUCAGACAAUAAUAGUCGAUUGUACUGAAGAACCAACUACUGAACCAGUUCAGACUACAACAGUUGUCAGUACUGAAGAACCAACCACUGAACCAGUUCAGACUACAACAGUUGUCAGUACUGAAGAACCAACCACUGAACCAGUUCAGACUACAACAGUUGUCAGUACUGAAGAACCAACCACUGAACCAGUUCAGACUACAACAGUUGUCAGUACUGAAGAACCAGCCACUGAACCAGUUCAGACUACAACAGUUGUCAGUACUGAAGAACCAACCACUGAACCAGUUCAGACUACAACAGUUGUCAAUACUGAGGAACCAACAACUGCAGAAACUCAGACAAUAAUAGUCGAUUGUACUGAAGAACCAACCACUGAACCAGUUCAGACUACAACAGUUGUCAGUACUGAAGAACCAACCACUGAACCAGUUCAGACUACAACAGCUGUCAGUACUGAAGAACCAACAACUGCAGAAACUCAGACAAUAAUAGUCGAUUGUACUGAAGAACCAACCACUGAACCAGUUCAGACUACAACAGUUGUCAGUACUGAAGAACCAACAACUGCAGAAACUCAGACAAUAAUAGUCGAUUGUACUGAAGAACCAACCACUGAACCAGUUCAGACUACAACAGUUGUCAGUACUGAGGAACCAACAACUGCAGAAACUCAGACAAUAAUAGUCGAUUGUACUGAAGAACCAACCACUGAACCAGUUCAGACUACAACAGUUGUCAGUACUGAGGAACCAACCACUGAACCAGUUCAGACUACAACAGGUGUCAGUACUGAAGAACCAACCACUGAACCAGUUCAGACUACAACAGUUGUCAGUACUGAAGAACCAACCACUGAACCAGUUCAGACUACAACAGUUGUCAGUACUGAAGAACCAACCGCUGAGCCAGUUCAGACUACAACAGUUGUCAGUACUGAAGAACCAACUACUGAACCAGUUCAGACUACAACAGUUGUCAGUACUGAAGAACCAGCCACUGAACCAGUUCAGACUACAACAGUUGUCAAUACUGAGGAACCAACAACUGCAGAAACUCAGACAAUAAUAGUCGAUUGUACUGAAGAACCAGCCACUGAACCAGUUCAGACUACAACAGUUGUCAGUACUGAAGAACCAACCACUGAACCAGUUCAGACUACAACAGUUGUCAGUACUGAAGAACCAACCACUGAACCAGUUCAGACUACAACAGUUGUCAGUACUGAGGAACCAACAACUGCAGAAACUCAGACAAUAAUAGUCGAUUGUACUGAAGAACCAGCCACUGAACCAGUUCAGACUACAACAGUUGUCAGUACUGAAGAACCAACAACUGCAGAAACUCAGACAAUAAUAGUCGAUUGUACUGAAGAACCAACCACUGAACCAGUUCAGACUACAACAGUUGUCAGUACUGAGGAACCAACCACUGAACCAGUUCAGACUACAACAGUUGUCAGUACUGAAGAACCAACCACUGAACCAGUUCAGACUACAACAGUUGUCAGUACUGAAGAACCAACCACUGAACCAGUUCAGACUACAACAGUUGUCAAUACUGAGGAACCAACAACUGCAGAAACUCAGACAAUAAUAGUCGAUUGUACUGAAGAACCAACUACUGAAGCAGUUCAGACUACAACAGUUGUCAGUACUAAAGAACCAACCGCUGAGCCAGUUCAGACUACAACAGUUGUCAGUACUGAAGAACCAACCACCGAACCAGUUCAGACUACAACAGUUGUCAGUACUGAAGAACCAACCACUGAACCAGUUCAGACUACAACAGUUGUCAAUACUGAGGAACCAACAACUGCAGAAACUCAGACAAUAAUAGUCGAUUGUACUGAAGAACCAACCACUGAACCAGUUCAGACUACAACAGUUGUCAGUACUGAGGAACCAACAACUGCAGAAACUCAGACAAUAAUAGUCGAUUGUACUGAAGAACCAACCACUGAACCAGUUCAGACUACAACAGUUGUCAGUACUGAAGAACCAACCGCUAAGCCAGUUCAGACUACAACAGUUGUCAGUACUGAAGAACCAACCACUGAACCAAUUCAGACUACAACAAUUGUCAGUACCGAGGAAUCAACAACUGCAGAAACUCUAACACCAACAGUUGUUGGUACUGAGGAACCAACCACUGAAGAAAUUCAGACUACAACAGUUGUCAGUACUGAGGAACCAUCAACUAAAGAAACUCAGACACCAACAGUUGACGGUACUGAGGAACCAAUAAUUGUAGAAACUCAGACACCAGCCGUUGAUUGUACUGAAGAACCAACAACUGAAGAAACUCAGACACCAACAGGUGGUAGUACUGAGGAACCACCAACUGAAGAAACUCAAACACCAACAACUGCAGAAUCUCAGACAAUAGCCGUUGAUUGUACUGAAGAACCAACAACCGAAAAAACGCAGACACCAGAUCUUAGUGGUACUGAGCUACCAACAACUGAAGCAACUCAGGCACCAACAUCUGAUUGUACUGAUAAAACCCAGGCACUAGAUGUUGAUGAUUCUAAGGAAGCAACAAGCGAAGAUGACGAACCUGAGUCAUCAGACGCUGACGAUGAAGAGAUCAUAUAUUCUCAAGAAAUUGAGUUGCCAGCGUGUGGUUGUACCGAGAAAAAAAUACCUAAAGAAAGUCAUGCACCGGUGACUGAAGGUACUGAGGAACUUACAACUGAAGAAACACAGACACCAACAGUUGACGGUACUGAGGAACCAACAACUGCAGAAACUCAGACACCAGAUGUUAAUGAUACUGAGGAACCAACGACUGAAGCAACUCAGACGCCAAAUGUAGACGGUACUAUGGAACUAACCACUGAAGACACUCAUACACCAGCGGUUGAUGAUACUGAGGAACCAACGACUGAAGAAACUCAGACGCCAGAUGCUGACGGUACUGAGGAACCAAUAACUGAAGAAACUCAGACUGCAGCGGUUGAUGAUGCUAAAGAACCAAUAACUGAAGAAACUCAGACAACAGCGGUUCAUGAUACUGAGGAACCAAUAACUCAAAAAGAUCAAAAACAAAUCCAAUCUACUAAAAAACCAAAUACAAAGAAUUGCACAAAUAAGAAGAAGAAAAAGAAGAAGAAGAAUAAAAAAAGGAAGAAGAAAAAGAACAAGAAGAAAGGGGAUUGUUGCGAUACAUUAUUAGAUUUACCUAAACUAUAUAAAUUAUUGUUAAAACUUGUUUCCAAGCCUUGCAAGGAUAACAGGCGACCUCAUAAAUCAAAACAUAAGCAUGGAGCACACAAACCACAUCAUUUUCAUAUUCAUCAUCAUUUUUACUUUGAAAAUGCUCCUGAAUACUUUCGACAUCAUCCAGCGCUCUCCUCUGAAGGCAAGUCUGUAUCAGCCGACGAUAAGGAAUAAGGUAUGGUAUACGGUAUAGUUAUGGCAAAGGCAUACAACUAAAUGAAGCUAAUGAUACUUCAACAAGCCACCAUAUUAUAUGUAGGUACGUGCAAACUGGAAACAACAUGAGCAGGAACAUACCUGAAUACUAAUAGAAGAAACAAACCUGAGCGGAAACGUAAUUUCGAUGACAUAAUUAUUAUAUUUAAA